AGUCCAGCAGGCGGAGCUGUUUACAUUCAGAGACGAAAAUCAACAACGCAAGGAGAUCUGAGAAGAAGUGCACACGUGUUUCUAGCGUAGAACGAGGAGUAGCGAUCAAUGGCGGGGCUCGAGCUGCUGUCAGACCAGGGAUACCGACUCGACGGCCGGAAAGCGUCCGAGCUGCGGAAAGUGCAGGCGCGCAUGAGCGUGUUCGCGCAGGCGGACGGAUCCGCGUAUCUGGAGCAGGGCAACACUAAAGCGCUGGCCGUGGUGUACGGACCGCACGAGGUGAGCGCAUCACAGAGCGACACCCAUCUCACAUCGGGUGAAGUUCAUUUAUAGGGCUUCGUGCGUAGCCUACUAUAGAACAGCAUUUAUUUUCAACUCAGUUGUAGACGUUCCCGCGAGUUUCCCCGUUAUAACGCAGUAAUUAACAAACACGUAUCUUAGCACGCGCGGGUGACGACACACCAGAUAU